ACCCUCUCUCCCUCCUCUUUCUCUCUUUUGACAAAUUCGUUCGAGACUUGGGAGUUUCGACGCAGCAGCCAUAACCGAAGAUUCUUCAGCUAAUACUACUGCAAUACACUGCACCGGAGUAUCUGCUUUUCUCCGGUUGCGGAAUCUCGAAGCCCUAACCUCUAUGAUUCGACCGAGUAGCUAGAUCGAGCGAGCGGCGAGGAAGAAUUGGGUUUGUGGGGAGCGGAGGGAUUAUUGAAUAAUGGCGGCGGAAUUAGGGCAAAAGACGGUGGAGUUCUCCACGCUGGUGAGCCGGGCGUCGGAGGAGUCGUACGUCUCGCUCAAGGAGCUGGUGGAGAAGUCCAGGUCCGCUGACCUCUCCGAUUCCGACAAGAAGAUUGGGAUUCUCCAGUACCUCGUCAAGACCCAACAGCGCAUGCUUCGCCUCAAUGUCCUCGCCAAGUGGUGUCAACAGGUCCCCUUGAUUCAGUACUGUCAACAACUUGCAUCAACAUUAUCAAGUCAUGAUACAUGUUUCACUCAAGCUGCAGAUUCAUUGUUUUUCAUGCAUGAAGGGCUACAACAAGCUCGUGCUCCCAUCUAUGAUGUUCCUUCUGCUAUUGAAAUUCUUCUUACUGGAUCUUACCUGCGUUUGCCAAAAUGUAUAGAAGAUGUGGGCAUGCAAAGCACAUUAAAUGAUGAUCAGCAAAAAUCAGCUCUAAAGAAGCUAGAUGCACUUGUUAGGUCUAAACUCCUUGAAGUUUCACUCCCCAAGGAAAUUACAGAAGUAAAGGUUUCUGAUGGUACUGUUUUGCUCCGUGUGGAUGGGGAAUUUAAGGUUCUAGUUACUCUUGGUUAUAGAGGACACUUGUCAAUGUGGAGGAUAUUGCAUCUAGAGCUUCUUGUUGGUGAGAGAAGUGGUAUGAUGAAGCUUGAAGAAUCGCGUAGACAUGCUCUUGGAGAUGAUCUUGAACGGAGAAUGACCACUGCAGAGCAUCCAUUCAUGACGUUGUACUCUAUUCUGCAUGAACUGUGUGUUGCACUUGUUAUGGACACAGUUAUAAGGCAGGUACAAACACUUAGGCAAGGGAGAUGGAAAGAUGCAAUUCGAUUUGAGCUCAUAUCUGAUGGUACUGUCGGACAAGGAGGGAGUGCUGGCUCCAUGCAAAUGAAUCAAGACGGAGAAACUGAUUUCACUGGUUUACGUACUCCUGGCUUAAAAAUUUUGUAUUGGCUGGAGUUAGAUAAAAGCUCCAGUACAUCUGACAUGGGAUCUUGCCCAUAUAUAAAAAUUGAACCAGGUCCAGACCUGCAAAUAAAGUGUCUCCAUACCUCAUUUGUAAUUGAUCCGAUGACUGGAAAGGAAGCAGAAUUUUUCCUUGAUCAAAGUUGCAUCGACGUUGAGAAGUUGCUACUCAGAGCAAUCUGCUGUAACAGAUAUACUCGCUUACUUGAAAUUUAUAAAGAACUGGAGAAAAAUACUCAGGUCUGUCGAGCUCCAGGAGAUGUUCAACUUAAUUGCCAGGGUGAAACUCAAGCUGAAUACAAAAUGAGGGAUAACAAGCUUGACCUUGGAAAAGAUGAAGGUCAAGAAGUCUUGCUUGUACGUGCCUAUGGCUCUUCGUUCUUCACCCUUGGAAUAAAUAUAAGGAUUGGACGCUUCAUUCUUCAGUCAUCCAAGAAUAUUAUAUCAUCAUCAACACUAAUUGAGCAUGAAGAUGCCCUAAACCAGGGGACUAUGACUGCAGCUGAUGCUUUUAUAAGCCUGAGAAGCAAAAGCUUAUUACACUUGUUUGCUUGUGUUGGAAGGUUCUUAGGCCUUGAGGUUUUUGAACAUGGUUUAGCAUCAUUGAAGCUGCCAAAGAAUAUUGCCAGUGGUUCAAACUUGUUGCUUAUGAGAUUCCCGGAAUGUGGUAGCUGUUAUUAUUUGCUAAUGCAACUUGACAAGGAUUUCAAACCACUUUUCAAGUUACUAGAAAUUCAGUCAGAUUCUUCAGGAAAAGCUCAAUCAUUUGGUGAUUUAACCAACUUUGUCCGUUCCAAAAGUGUUGAUGUUGGUCAGAUGCAGAUUUGUGAGGAUGUACUGAAUUUGAGUCUUCUUGACUACAGGAAAUUGUUGUCAUCUUUACGUGAUAAUACUACCCAACAAAUUGAAAGCAGUAAUCUUAAUAAAUUUAGCUUGGAAGGUUCUAUGUCUAUUUCUUGUGUUUCUUCUAAUUUCUCAUCCAUUGUUGAUGAAGUGUUUGAACUAGAGAAAGCUCUUCCUUCUACGACUGGUGAAUCCCCUUAUAGAUUUGCCAGUUCUCCUGCUUCACAUUUUGUUCCGGGGUCUACAAAUUUGCAUAGUUCAAAAGUUGGAACAUCAUCUCCUAAAUGGGAAGGGGGAGUGCAGAUAUUGCAAAAUAAUGUUUCAAUUUACAAGGGGAUAGUACAGUCGGGAUCCACCAGUUCGUUAUCCCCAUUUCCUGGAAGAAGUCAAACUAUGAAGAAAUUGACAGCUUCCAGGUCUGAGCAAGAUUUGGUGUCUCUAAGGUCACCACAUUCUGUUGGAAUUGAAUCUUACACAUCAAUGGAUGAAGAUCAGCUGCCUCGGUCAGCUCAACUUCUAUCUCCACCAAACCGAAAUAGCCUUCCAACUCCUGCAUCAAUUGGAACAUCUAAUGCCCCAAAGAGCUCUCCAGGGGGCACAGUAUCUGCAAGCCUUAGGGCUUCUGGAUCUAACUCAUUAGUUACAAGUCCCCUAUCCCAAGUCACUUCUGCUACAUGUGCAAAUUCAAGUCAUGAUGCAGCUUCUAGACAAAAUAAAAUGCCUAGAAAGCGUACAGUUUCAGAUUUAUUAAAUUCACUUCCAUCACUUCAAGGAAAAGAAUCCAGUGAAGGAUCUUACAAGAGAAGAAAGGUUGUGGAGUCUGCUAGCACUCAUCAUCUUCAGUCACAAAUGCUAGUUUCUUUGGAGAUAUCUGGUAAAACUGAUGGCUACAGUUAUGCUGAUCUCUUAAAUGAAACUCAUAAAGGCAAUGCACCUUCUACUGUAUAUGUUUCUGCCCUUCUUCACGUUAUCAGGCAUUGCUCACUUUGUAUCAAGCAUGCCCGACUUACUAGUCAGAUGGAUGCACUUGAAAUCCCGUAUGUUGAAGAGGUGGGUCUUAGAAGUGCAUCCUCAAAACUGUGGUUCCGACUUCCUUUUGCUAGAGAUGACACAUGGCAACAUAUAUGCUUGCGGCUUGGGAGGCCUGGAAGCAUGUAUUGGGAUGUCAAAAUCAUUGACCAACACUUUCAGGACCUGUGGGAGCUUCAAAAAGGUGGCAGUAGUACUCCAUGGGGUUCUGGUGUUCGAAUUGCAAAUACAUCUGAUGCAGAUUCUCAUAUCCGUUAUGAUUCAGAGGGUGUUGUUUUGAGCUACCAUUCUGUUGAGGCUGAUAGUAUCCGUAAAUUAGUGGCUGAUAUCCAAAGGCUCUCUAAUGCUCGUGCAUUUGCACUUGGAAUGCGGAAGUUACUUGGUGCAAGGACAGAUGAAAAGUUGGAAGAAAGCAGUCCAAAUGUGGAUGGUAAAGUACAAUCUGGACUAAAAAGUGCUGGUGACUCGGUUGAUAGGAUUUCAGACCAAAUGAGGAGAGCAUUUAGAAUUGAGGCUGUUGGACUUAUGAGUCUGUGGUUUAGUUUUGGUCAGGGGGUUCUUGCUCGUUUUGUUGUUGAAUGGGAAUCGGGUAAAGAAGGCUGCACAAUGCAUGUUUCACCUGACCAACUUUGGCCACAUACCAAGUUUCUCGAAGAUUUCAUAGAUGGAGCUGAGGUUUCAUCACUCUUAGAUUGCAUCCGCCUCACAGCCGGACCUUUGCAUGCUCUUGCUGGUGCAACACGACCUGCACGAGCUGCUCCUGUGUCUGGGGUUGCUGGUAUUGUAACACCUGCUCCUAUUUCGAAACAGGCUGGUUAUCUGUCAUCUCAGGGGCAUGUGCCAAAUAUCUCAAAUGCAAAUGUUAAUCAGCCUUCAUCCGGUCCUGGAGGCAAUCCUGGGGCACCAACUACUUCUGUUCCCCUUGGAGCUCCAAACCACCCUACUGCUGCAAUGUUGGCUGCAGCUGCCACUGCUGCUGGGAGAGGUGGCCCAGGCAUUGUUCCUAGUUCACUGUUACCGAUUGAUGUCUCUGUAGUACUUCGUGGUCCCUACUGGAUUCGCAUCAUAUAUAGGAAACGUUUUGCUGUUGAUAUGAGAUGUUUUGCUGGAGAUCAGGUUUGGUUGCAACCAGCUACUCCACCUAAAGGUGGUUCAACAGUGGGGGGGUCACUACCUUGUCCACAGUUUCGACCCUUCAUAAUGGAGCAUGUUGCUCAGGAACUCAAUGGUAUAGAUUCUAACUUUUCUGGUGGUCAACAAGCAGUUGGGCUAGCCAAUUCAAAUAGUUCGAAUCUGAAUACAGGACCCCAACAUUCAGCUGUCAAUGCAAACAGACCCAAUCUCACAAAUUCUGCCGUAAUGGCUCGUCAAGGAAAUACUGUUUCUGCUCUUAAUCGUGUAGGUAAUGCUCUUCCAGCAUCAUCAAAUUUAUUUGGGAUGAAUCCUGGGAUGCCUUUACGCAGACCCCCUGGCUCAGGUGUCCCUGCACAUGUGAGGGGGGAACUCAACACUGCAAUUAUUGGACUUGGGGAUGAUGGAGGAUAUGGUGGUGGAUGGGUUCCUCUUGUUGCACUCAAGAAGGUUCUUAGAGGCAUUCUUAAAUAUCUUGGAGUACUGUGGUUAUUUGCACAAUUACCUGAUCUUCUCAAAGAGAUUUUAAGGUCAAUUCUGAAGGAUAAUGAGGGCUCGCUAUUGAAUUUAGAUGAGGAACAGCCUGCCUUACGUUUCUUUGUUGGGGGCUAUGUUUUUGCUGUUAGCGUACACAGGGUUCAACUUCUUCUCCAGGUCCUCAGUGUAAAGAAGUUUCAUCACUCCCAACAGCAGCAGCAGCAGCAGCAAAACCCUGCAGCUGCCCAAGAAGAACUGACCCAAUCGGAGAUCGGAGAGAUAUGUGACUACUUCUGCCGUCGUGUUGCAUCAGAGCCUUACGAUGCUUCUCGUGUUGCUUCAUUCAUUACUCUGUUGACUUUGCCGAUCUCAGUUUUAAGAGAAUUCUUGAAACUCAUUGCGUGGAAGAAAGGGUUGGCUCAAGUCCAAGGAGCUGAUGUUGUCCCUGCACAGAAAUCCCGUAUUGAACUUUGUCUCGAGAAUCACACAGGAUGUAACGUGGAUGGGAGCUCUGAAGGCACGAACGCAUCCAAGAGCAAUAUUCACUAUGAUCGUCCUCAUAAUUGUGUUGAUUUUGCUCUUACAGUUGUCCUCGAUCCUACUCACAUACCUCACAUCAACGCCGCUGGCGGUGCUGCUUGGUUGCCCUAUUGCGUGUCCGUGAGAUUGAAAUAUGCAUUCGGUGAAAACCCUAGUGUAUCUUUUCUCCGAAUGGAAGGGAGCCACGGUGGCAGGGCAUGCUGGUUGCGAGCCGACGAGUGGGAAAGAUGCAAACAGCGGGUGGCUCGGACCGUUGAAGUGAACAGCUCUGCUGGCGGGGAGGUAAACCAAGGUAGGCUAAGGCACGUCGCUGAUAGCGUUCAAAAAACGCUCCACGCUUGCCUCCAGGGGCUGAGAGAAGGCAGCAGCGCGGGGCCGUUGGGAACCAUUGGAUCUUGAAAUAGGCAGGUAUUAAAUUAACCCUGGUAUGAAUCAUUGAACAACAUUAUAUUUGUUUUGUUAAACAUAGAUCAGUGAGGUUUCUCCACCUUAGCCUUGUACAGCUCAUAAUAUUUUGUAAGAAUAAUGUCUUUAGUUUCUUACAUAUCUGUUCUGGAUUAUCACACAUUAUUCAACUUUAUGGGGACUGAAGUAUUAGUGUAAAUUAGCAGCUUGUCAGGAACCUUAGAAUUUUCUUUCUCAA